AUGGCUGUCCCGAGGGUUCUUGCUCGUCGGGUUUUCCGUUCAUCGUCAUCUUCUUCGUUGUUUGGAUUUGCUGCUGUUAAUACGCCUUCGCCUUUGGUGACUACUACUGCUGCUGCUGCUGCUACUUCUGCUGUUAGAUCGUUUUCGUCUACUGGGUCAGUGAAGAUGCCUUCUCAAAUGCCUAGCUCUGGUGCGCUCGUGGAUUUGGCCAAGGGUCGCCAUUCCAUUUACAAGCUCGGGAAGAAUAGCCCCGUGCCGGACGAGAAGAUCGAGGAGCUUGUCAAUCAGGCUAUUUUGAAUGUUCCUAGUGCGUUUAAUACGCAGUCGACGAGGUUGGUUGUUCUGCUGCAUAAGGAGCAUGAGCGCCUUUGGGAUAUUACAAUGGAUUUGUUCCAGGCCCGUGUGAAGGAGGGGACGCUGCCUGAGGAGAUGUGGAAGAAUCAGACGCAGCCGAAGCUGCAGGGGUUUAAGAAUGGAUUGGGAACUAUCCUCUUCUAUGAAGAUCCCGCGCACAUCGAGCCUUUCAAGGAGAAGUUCCCUACCUACAAGGACCAGUUUGAGCCUUGGGCCCACCAUACUAAUGCUAUGCAUCAGUACUUCUUGUGGAUCGGUCUUGAAUCUCUUGGCUUCGGUGCCAACUUGCAGCAUUAUAACCCGCUUAUCGAUGCUCCUGUGGCCAAGCAGUGGGAGAUUCCUACUGACUGGAGGCUUAUCUCUCAGUUGGUGUUUGGUAGCCCCGGAGUAGAGGGUCAGGAGAAGCCGAAGAAGCCCGUUGAGGAGAGAGUGAAGGUUUAUGGCAAGUUGUAA